GCGAGCGGCCCUUAAAGCAGCAGCAGCAGCAGCAGAGAGUUUCCUGUUGUACAUGAGUGAGAAGUGACGAGACGAGACGAGACGAAAGAGAAGAGAAGAGAAGAGAAGAGGCUGAACCAUGGACAUCAGACCAAACCACACGAUCUACGUCAACAACAUCAAUGACAAAGUGAAGAAGGAGGAGCUGAAGCGCUCGCUCUACGCGCUCUUCUCCCAGUUCGGACAGAUCGUCGACAUUGUGGCCAUGAAGACGGCGAAGAUGAGGGGCCAGGCCUUCGUCGUGUUCAAGGAGCUCGCCGCCUCCACCAACGCGCUGCGGCAGCUGCAGGGUUUCCCCUUCUACAACAAGCCCAUGAGGAUCCAGUACGCCAAGACUGACUCAGAGGUCAUCGCCAAGGUGAAGGGCACGUACGGCGACAAGGAGAAGAAGAAGGACAAGAAGAAGAAAGCUCUGGAACUGGGAACCAACGUCCCGAAGAAACCGGCACCGGGAUCAGUGGCUCCUGUUCACUCGCCCACCGUCCAGGUCCCCGACAACCCGCCCAACUACAUCCUGUUCCUCAGCAACCUGCCGGAGGAGACCAACGAGAUGAUGCUGUCCAUGCUGUUCAACCAGUUCCCUGGGUUCAAAGAGGUGCGACUGGUUCCGGGGAAACACGACAUCUCGUUCGUGGAGUUUGAGAGCGACGGCCAGGCGGGCGUGGCCAAAGACGCUCUGCAGGGCUUCAGGAUCACAGCCACCUGCGCCAUGAAGAUCACCUUCGCCAAGAAGUAGUUACCUCACUGUGACCUCACUGUGACCUCAGACUGGGGGGGGGGGGGCGUGUACAUUCAACUGUGAUGGUUUUGUUUUUUUGAUGAGAUGAAUUCUUUGGUCUCUGACCUGCGUCUUGUUUUGUAAAAUAAAAAAUAAACGUUUUUUUACAUA